GCCAGAAGCUAACCAAGCUAAAGCUAGGCUAAGUAGCCGCUGCCUGCUGCAGAGGGACAUGUAGCCAGUUAAAACACAUUCAGUCUCAAUGAAGGAUCUUCCAGAGUGACUGGGCCAUGGAGUUAAGAAUCAUCGAGGACCAGUCUCCGUUGCUCCAGGCUAUAUUCAACCGAAAUAUAGAAGAGGUGACAUUUUUGUUGAACCAUGAAGAAGAUGUCAAUUCACUGGACCAAGAACAAAGCACACCACUUCAUGCUGCUGCUUAUUUGGGUGAUGUCCACAUUAUGGACCUUCUUAUCACUGCAGAUGCAAAUGUCAACGCUAAGGACCAGGGCUCGCUGACUCCCUUACAUCGAGCAGCUGCCUCAAGAAAUGAAAGGGCUGUGGACCUGCUGCUAGAGCACAGAGCAGAGGUCAACACACGAGACAAAUUCUGGCAUACACCUUUACAUAUGGCAGCUGCAAACUGGGCCACAGGUUGUGCUGCAGCUCUGAUACCACAUGUUUGCAGCCUGAAUGCUGGGGACAGGUCAGGGAGGACGCCACUGCAUCAUGCAGCGCACAGCGGCCAUGUCGAGAUGGUGAACUUGCUCCUGAGUAAAGGUGCCAACGCGUGUGCCAAAGAUAAAAAAGAUCGGCAGCCAAUCCACUGGGCUGCAUACCAAGGACAUAUGGAGGUCAUCAAGCUGCUGGUGUCUCACAGCGCCGAUGUGACGUACAAGGACAAACGUGGUUACACUCCUCUCCAUGCAGCAGCCGCUAAUGGACAGUUGGAAGUCGUCAAAUAUCUGUUGCGGCUCGGGAUAGAGACUGACGAACCCAACAUUUAUGGGAACACGGCGCUCCACAUGGCGUGUCACACAGGGCAGGACACCGUGGCCACUGAGCUGGUGAACGCCGGCGCCAACAUCAAUCAGCCCAACUAUCACGGCAACACGCCGCUGCAUCUGGCGGCUGCCUCUUCUAGCGCGGUGCUGUGUCUCGAGCUGCUAAUCAACAACGGCGCUGAUGUCAACAUGCAGAAUAAAGAAGGAAAGAGCCCUUUGCAUAUGGCUGCUAUGCAUGGACGCUUUACAGGCUCCCAGAUUCUGAUCCAAAAUGGUGGGGAGAUCGAUUGUUUUGAUAUGUUUGGAAACUCUCCUCUUCAUGUUGCUGCCAGAUUCGGUCAGGAGUUGUUGAUCAGCACUCUGCUGACAAAUGGUGCUGACAAGGCGAGACAGGGGAUUCAUGGGAUGCUUCCUUUACAUUUGGCGGCGCUGUACGGAUUUCCAGACUGUUGUCGAAAGUUGCUGUCUAAUGGUCAGUUCUUCAACUUUGUGCCAGCUCACAAGCCGUCAGUGGGGUUUGAUAUCAACAUAUUGGACGACCAUGGGAGGACAUGUCUGCAUGCAGCUGCCUCUGGAGGAAAUGUUGACUGUCUCAACUUGAUCUUAAAUAGCGGCGCUGAACUCGACAUCAAGGAUCAUUUGGGAAGAUCUCCUUUGCACUAUGCAGCAGCCAAUGCGAGCAGCCAAUGCACAAUCUCCCUGGUGAGAGCGGGGGCUGAGGUCAAUGAGCUGGAUCUGAUGGGCUGCAGCCCUCUGCACUACACCGCUGCUUCACACACCUUCUGUGGUGGGAACUCUGAGCCUGACUACAGUUUGGAAAAGGAACAAGAGGCCUCUCUGUGUUUGGACUUCUUGCUUGACAAUGGGGCAAACCCGACUGUGAAGAACAAUAAGGGUUACAGUGCUGUCCACUAUGCUGCAGCUUAUGGGAACAAACAGCACCUGGAACUGCUCCUGGAGAUCUCUUUCAAUUGUCUAGAGGAGGUGGAAAGUAACAUUCCAGUCAGUCCUUUGCACUUAGCUGCGUAUUAUGGUCAUCGGGAGCCCCUGCGUCUACUGUGUGAGACGUUAGUGAGUCUGGACGUACGGGAUACUGAAGGCCGAACCGCUCUCCACCUCUCUGCUCAGAGGGGGUUCGCUCCAUGUGUGGAGGUGCUGCUGAAGCACCAAGCCUCCUACACACUGAAGGACCACAAGCACAAGCGGACAGCUCUCCAUGCUGCAGCUGCUGAGGGCCAGAUGGACUGCUUGCUUCUACUGGUCAACAAGAAACAAAGUGCCGACAUCAUUGACAGUCCAGAUACUCAGGGACAGACGGCUCUCAUGCUGGCCUCUCUGGGACGUCACACUGACUGUGUCCACAUCCUGUUGGAAAAAGGAGCCAAUGCUGAUGCUGCAGACAAAAAGGGCUUUACCGCAUUACAUAGAGCUGCCAUGUUAAACAGUGAGGACUGUGUAUCUGCUCUGUUGGAACAUGGGGCUUCUGCUCUGUGCAGAGACACUCAGGGACGGACCCCGCUGCACAUCGCAGCCUCCCGUGGCCACACGGAGCUGCUCCGCUGUUUGCUGAGGGCUGCUAUGAAAGCUGACCCUCUGGACUCCAUGCAAGACCACAGAGGCUACACGCCCACACACUGGGCUGCCUACCACGGACGUGAAGGAUGUUUACACAUUUUACUUGAAAACAAACUUUUUAGCAACCGGGAGAAAAGUCAGUUCACCCCACUGCACUGUGCCCUAGUUAAUGGACACGAUGUUGCUGCUGAACUUCUAUUGAAGACUGUAGGACCUCAAAUUGUUAACGUUUGUGAUGCCAAAGGAAGGACCCCCCUGCAUGCAGCUGCCUAUUCAGGAACCGUUUCAGGGCUCCAGGCUGUUCUGGCUCAGGGAGCAGAGGUCAAUGCUGUGGACCACUGUGGAUGCUCUGCUCUGAUGGUUGCUGCCGACCGUGGACAGACCAUGGCUGUUGAAUUAUUACUACAGCGUGCAAAGCCAGACCUGACCCUGGUGGAUGUCAAUAAUAACACAGCCCUUCACUUAGCCUGCAGCAAGGGUCAUGAGAUGUGCGCCCUGUUGAUCCUUGGAGAGAUCAGUGACUCCAGCCUCAUAAAUGCAACAAACAAUGCUCUGCAGAUGCCUCUUCACAUUGCAGCAAGGAAAGGCCUGGCGACCGUAGUGCAGGUGUUACUGAGCAGAGGUGCAGCAGUCAUGGCUUUAGAUGAAGAAGGCCACACUCCAGCUCUGGCCUGUGCCCCGAACAAAAAUGUUGCGGACUGUCUGGCCCUGAUCCUCUCCACCAUGAAGCCUUUCCCUCCCAGAGAGGCCGGCAGUGCUGCAGCCUCCCACUUCAAGCCCCUCCUGAAGAAUUGUGGGAUUGCUGCCACAUGCGGGUCCAGUGGAAACCUUUGUCAUGCCUAAGUUAGCCUGAGUGAAAUCUCAUCCGUGUGAAGCCCGAACUUUCCAAACGUAACCACGCACAUACAAGUCUCCAUGAUCAUGUGUGGUCAGGCAAAGCUUCGUCUUUCACAAGUCAUGACAUUUAUACUUGUGUGUCACAUGCAGCUGCACAUACACCAUGUGCUCAUCUGCUAGUAGCAUAGUCUUAAACAUUUUAUUAACAUUAGCAGACCUCUUAGAUUCUCUUUAUUUGAGUUUAGCACAUACAUGUUAUUUUAAUGAAGCACUAACAUUAGAAAUUAAUGGAAGUUUUAACAUGAGCACACCACAUAAGCCUCUCUACCUGAACCACAGCCACUGUCAGUAUUAGCCUCAGUUCUUAGCUCAUUAAUCACCAAAGCCUGAAGCCUACAGAUUCGUCCAGAGCUAAACAAGUGCAAGAAUACGCAGAUGACUGUGUUGUGUGUGUGUGUGUGUGUGUGUGUGUGUGUGUGUGUGUGUGUGUGUGUGUGUGUGUGUGUGUGUGUGUGUGUGUGUGUGUGUGUGUGUGUGUGUGUGUGUGUGUGUGUGUGUGUGUGUGUGUGUGUGUGUGUGUGUGUGUGUGUGUGUGUGUGUGGGGUUCUGUAAGUUAUAUUUUGCAUAUUAGACAUUGCUUCUUAAAAUACGUCUUUUUAAAAUAUCUAACAGGUGCUAUAAACCUUUUAUGCAAUUAUUAAGACUCUAUUUUCUUAUUCUGUCAAGACUGUAGCAGACACUAGAUAUAAAUAACGUAUUAUUCUAAUAUCAUCAUGAAUUACAUUUCAAUUUAGUAAAAGUACCAGAAGCUUAAAAUGUUUUUAAUAAUAUAGUUUACUGAGUUAAGUGUAUAUAUAUUUAGUUCUUAAAAUGAAGUUAAUCAUUUACAUGUAUAAUCUUGAAAAUCCCAAAUUAUUGAGAAUGAACCUCAGGUCAGUGUGUACUGUACAGUGCAAUAAAAAGCACAUCUGAAAUUGGAUGUUGCACAGCAAGAAUAAAGCGGGACAGAAGUAUUUAAAUAUGUUUCACUUAAAUAUGCCAGAGAAUCAAAAAAUAUAUUUCAGGCUUUGAACAAGAAAGUUGUGUGUCUUUAGCAAAUCUGACAUUUAACUUAAAGAUAACUUUAAUUUCUGUGACAUCUUCAAACUGUUAUUUAAGUUUUGUUCUUAUUUGCCCUGAAACCCAGAGACAUAAAACUGAGAAACAGAGAAUCCUCCAUACUUGAGAUACGAGAACUAACGAAUGUUGGCAUUUUUACUCAAAGACUUUUCUGAAUUUUUUUUUGCAAAUCAAAUAGAUGUUUAUCGACUAAUCAAUUGUUUCAGCACUAUGCUCAAAGUCGGUUUUCUGUAUGAUUAAAUACAUUUGAAGAAACUGUUCAAAUAAGCUGCAACUUACUGAAAUUGCUGUUUUGUUUGUUGUGAUUUUAUUUUUGGGGGGUGUUAGGAUCAGUUUCACUGUAAGGAAAAUCUCCUGUAGCAACAGGUCCUUCAUCCAAAGCAACCAGAAGAUCAGUGUCGAGCAUUUAUUGACACUGAAUAAAUAUUUUAUUGGCUUUUAAAAUUGUUAGAGCUUGAUUUCUGUUUGAUAAAUAAUUGUUUUUCUCUUGCUACAUAACUUGGCACAAUACACCUUUACUGGUACAAAGAUGUCACUGCCUCUGUCUGUGAAGAUCAAGGUUUUAUGAAUUGAUUUGUAGAUUUAAUGUUUACCUUUUUAAAUUUGCACUCUGACAUAAAAGUUUACAUUUUACAGUAAGAUAUCUUUACAUUUAUGCAAAUAUUCUAUCAAUUUACAAAUUAAACUUUCAUCUAAGAGUAGAGCACUAUCCUGUGAGCAUCCCCCUCUGUCUUUCGUUUGGAUCUGAGUCUUGGUGGGGGACGGUUCUACAACUUAAGGUUGUAGUUAAAUGUUUAGAAUCAUGUUUAUCUUGAAGAAAGUCUUUGUUUCAGCUUUUAACGUGAACAAAUUGUCUGUCUUCCCUCCCGUCUUUUGGACAUUUCAGAUGCACCAACUUGAAAACUGUGUGUGGUAAGGUCCUGGAUGGCUUUCAGAGAUAAUAAAUAAACUUGCUCCCA